CUUAUUAAAUAGGCCAAUAUGGAUUGAAAUUUGAUGUACAAAAUUGAUCUUCCUCAAUAAAAUGUCCCAAUCAAAUUCAUCUGGGGGGACAAUCAAAUAUUGCAGUGAUCAAGACAAAGCUUGCCUCACAAAUAAUUUUGAGCGGAAAGGUUGGAUCCACGUCACACCCCAUGAUGAUUGGAAUUUCUACUGGGCAGGUGUGGGGACAGCAAGAAAUGUUUUCAGCGUCGAAAAUGGGCAUCGACUAGCCGAUGACCAAAUAAUUUGCCAUUACCCGAAUCACUUUGAACUGACCAGGAAGGAUCUAGUGGUGAAGAAUAUCAAGAGAUACCGGAAGGACCUGGAGAAAGAAGGCAGUCCCCUGGCUGAGAAAGACGAACAUGGCCAUUAUAUUCAUCUAGAUUUCAUUCCAGUAACAUAUAUUCUGCCCGGAGACUACAACCUGUUUGCUGAAGAGUUCAGAAAGAAUCCCAACUCAACAUGGAUCAUGAAACCCUCCGGAAAAGCUCGAGGGAUUGGAAUUUUCCUGAUCAAUAAAUUGACUCAAUUAAAAAAAUGGUCGAGGGAUGGUAAAACGCAAAACUAUGCGACUCCUGUGAAGGAUAAUUAUGUGAUUUCGAAGUACCUGGACAAACCUCUCUUGAUAGGCGGGAAGAAGUUUGAUCUGAGGUUAUACGUGCUCGUCUUGUCUUAUCGUCCUCUCAAAGUGUAUAUAUACCAGCUGGGUUUCGCUCGUUUCUGUACAGUGAAAUACAACACGAGUGUGGGUGAGCUGGACAACAUGUUCGUUCACUUAACGAACGUGUCCAUUCAGAAGUAUGGGGCCGAAUACAACAACCAUCAUGGUGGCAAGUGGCCUAUUCAUGCUCUCAGACUGUACAUAGAAAGCACCAGAGGAAAACAGGCGGCAGACAAGUUGUGGGAUGAGAUCCACUGGCAAAUAGUGCACAGUCUGAAGGCAGUCGCAGGGGUCAUGGCCAAUGACAGACACUGCUUCGAGUGCUAUGGCUACGACAUCAUCAUCGACAGCGCACUCAAGCCUUGGCUCAUUGAGGUGAAUGCGAGUCCAUCUCUGUCGGCCACAACAGUCAAUGACCGAAUCAUGAAGUACAAGUUGGUUCUGGACACCAUCAACGUCCUCCUUCCAGAUAACCAGCCUCCAGAUGUGAAGUCACCGUCAUUCAAGAAUCCUCCGAAAGAAGCACUUGGAAACUAUGAGUUAUUAUACGAUGAAGAGGUGGCGCUAGCUAUGGAUGGCAAAAAUCCUUCUGGCAGCGCUUCUGGUGGAGGAGUAGGAUUGUAUGCGAACAGUCUUCGAGAGAGGCGAAUCCAAUCCGACAAGUACAGGAGUGGGGGUGGAAACACGGGAUCCAUUGGCGCAUCAUGGAAGUGAAAUUUGUGUUUUGGAAAUAUUCCGGCGCGAAAUUUAAUUGACUUUAGUCUUCUGUGCAAUCAUCGAUUUUUUCGAAACUUGUAUCUAUCACCUGUAAUCCUGUAAUAUUGGCCGGCUGUAAAUAUCUUUCGACUGUAAAUAUGUUGCAUGUGUAGAUUAUCCCUAAAUUUAAUGAACUUUUUCGAAA